UCUGUCUUGAGGGCUGGGACUUGGCCCCUCCCACCUCUCAGUCACCACAGCUGGCUCGGUGGUCUGACAGCACAACGCCUACCUUUGGUGAUGUGAUUCCAACCCCGGUUCCUGGGAGAUGCAUGUGUGUGUGUGUGAGUCUGGAGAGGUCCAUUGGCCGGCAAGUCCCCAGGGAGAUUAAUGGAGGACGACCAUAAGGGCGCACAGGUGGAAACCAAAUGGUUUUAACAGGAUUCCUUCCUUUUUUUUCCCCCCGUGCUGGUUCUCGAAGUACAGAGGCCUACACAUCUUGUGAUUAAUUCUUCAAUUCAUUUUUCGUCUUCAGGAAAGUUGUCAGGACUGAAGAGGUCCGCCAUGUGACCCCCCCAGUGACCUCAUCUCCGGCUGAGACAAGAUGGCAGACCCUGGAGGGCUCUGGAUGCCGUCUCAGUGAGCCAUGGAGGAGAUUCGCUCGCUCCUGACCCCCGACGUCAACAAUGACAGCACCACGCCCUGGGCCCCGGGGCCCUCGGCCGUCAGCAGGCCGCUGGACCCCCCAACCGGAGCCCCGCUGCGCCUCAAGGACCUGGCGGGGGUCUUCUUCAUGGUCGCCCUGAACGUCCUGGCGCUCCUCGCCAACACGGCCGUGAUCGUGGUCAUCCUCAAAGCCCCCCACCUGCGCAAGUUCGCCUUCGUGUGCCAUCUGUGCGUGGUGGACCUGCUGUCCGGCGGGCUGCUCAUGCCCAUGGGCAUCAUGUGCAGCUCGCCCUACUUCGCCGGCCUGGUGUUCACCGUGCCCGAGUGCCAGACGUACGUCUUCCUCAACGUCUUCCUCAUGGCCGCCUCCAUCUUCACCGUCACCGCCAUCAGCGUGGAGCGCUACUACUACAUCGUGCACCCCAUGCGCUACGAGCUCAAGAUGACCUGCAAGCUGACGGCCGCCGUGGUGGCGCUGGUGUGGCUGGCGUCCGCCGCGCUGGGCCUGGCCACCGUGUUCGGCUGGUCGUCCCACGCCACCCGGGGGGGCGCCGUGAGCGCCGCCCGCUGCUCGCUGCGCUGGGGCCGCAGCGAGCACCAGCGGGUGUUCUCGCUGCUGUUCUGCGUGACCUGCUUCUGCCUGCCCGCCGUGGUCCUCUUCGCCGUGUACUGCAACGUGUACAAGGUGGCCCGCGUGGCCGCCCGGCAGCACGGCCCCCCGCCGCCGCCCUCCUGGAUGACCGCCACGCAGGUGAAGAGCCGCGCCGACUCCAUCAGCAGCCAGACCACCAUCAUCACCACCGCGCGCGACGCCCCCCGCGGCGCUCCCAGGGCCCGGCCCUUCGGGGGCAGCAAGGCCGCUCUCACCCUGGUGGUCAUCGUGGGGCAGUUCCUGAUCUGCUGGCUGCCCUACUUUGCCUUUCAACUCCACCUGAGCCUGGAGGCCUCGUCCAGCAUCUCGGAAGACCUCGAGGACACGGUCACCUGGCUGGCCUACUCCUCCUUCGCGCUGAACCCCUUCUUCUACGGGCUGCUGAACCGGCAGAUCAGGGAGGAGCUGGACAAGCUGCGGCGCUGCUACUCGGCCCGGCCCACAGAGUUGUUCUCCUCGGGCCACGAGGCCGCCGGACACGAGAACUUCCUGCAGUUCCUCCACCGGACGAGCUGCACGGUGGACACGCGCGCCAGCUUCACCGCCUCGUCCAGCCCCAGGCCACCCCUGGACCAGACCCCGCAGCCCGCCGUCAGGAUACCGGGGCAGAUCCCCGAGGAGCUGAGCUAGGCGGGACCUUGCGGUGGUUGUUGAACAGGAUCUUCAGGGUUCAGAGUUUUUAUUGAGGAGGAUAUAAUGUGGCCAGGAAGCCGCCCAGGUUGUGCUAUGUCAGACAAGCAGCAUUCGGAGUAUUGUAACAUGUGCUCUUGUAUUUUGAAUUGUGGUGUUAUUAUUGAGAAAUAUAGUACAAAUGUCGUUUUUGACCAAACUGUUAAGGACAUACAUAUUUCUGCUAUAUAAGACCUUUUCUUUUUUACAUAUAUAUUUGCUACAAGAUGUACGUUUUAUGGCGAUAUACUUUCUGUGUGUCUUUAUUUUUUUGUAUAAUAACGGGUAAUAUCGCAGACUUGAAAUGUAAAUUAUAAUACAAUUCAUCGGGUAAACAUUACGUUUAACUGGCAAGUAUUCGGGUUUACACAUUAUCCAUAAGUGCUGUAGAACUGUAUUUUUUACAAAAUAGAAAUAUGUUAAUGACAGCAAGAUGUUUGUACUUACUCAAAGCUCUGUUUAAUGUUGUAUUAUCAUAAUUGCUUUUGAACAGGGCUAUAAGAUAAUCAUUGCAAUAAAUCAGUUGCAUUGAUUAUCUCAUAAUAGGAUAAUGUUUCUGUUUAUGAGUUGCCAGUGUCUAUUUGCCAUUCAUGUACACUUAAAUUUGAAUACGUUCUUAAUAAAAAUGAACAAAUCUGAUACAAUCAGUCGAAAUGUUUGGCUUUGUAUCCUUAUAACACUUUUCAAUCCUUGCCUGUCUUUACUUUCCCUUUUCCUCAUGCUUUUAUUGAAUUUAAAUCAAUAAAAUACCAAACUUUUCGUGCAAAUAUCAACAAUAUAUGUACUGUCCAGCUCCAAGUUCAAGUUAUCAUCAGAAGUAAUAUUACCAUGGAAAAUGAUUCACACGUAGCCAUUCCUUGCUCAUUUUAAGAAUAAAACAUCAUGUUUUUGCACAAAAA